CUCACUUCCGGGCCGGCCAUUGUUUUUCUGCUUCUCCGCACCGCAACUCUGUUCCGCGGAGUCCUACAACGGUUCCCCAGUGAGCAGUUCAGGGACUGGGAGGGAGGUGCUGCCUGGGCCGGGGUCCUGGGGCUGGAGCCACCAGCCCCAGUCGGUGACGCUGGCCGGGUCCACGCUUUGCGCCGGAGGCUGGCGGCGCCGUCCCUGUGGCGCUCAGAAGCGGCAAGAUGUACAGCCUCUUUGACGCACUGCCCUGACCAGCUGUGCCCGGCAUGGACCCGGGCCCCUGCGGGUACAGCAAUGAACAGGGCAGCCGUGAUCAGGUGACACUUCCAUCACCCCACCUCAACUCUGGAAAACAGCUCCUGAGACCUGAAUUACAGACCAUCGUUUUAACUGGACAAACUGCUGCUUGAACAAGCUUCUCUUUGGGGUUAUAAUGGCCACCCAAGGCAGGGGAGCUUUAGGUCUUAUCUCCAGGGGUGCUGUUCUCCAGAAGCAGGAGGGGCGCCUGACUGUAAAGCAGGAGCCAGGAAGCCAGACUUGGAGGCAGGGCUGCAGUCUCCAAAGGAACCACCCUCCCAUGUGUGAAAUUUUCCGGCUACACUUCAGGCAGUUAUGUUACCAUGAGAUGUCUGGGCCACAGGAGGCGCUGAGCCGGCUGCGGGAGCUCUGCCACUGGUGGCUGAUGCCAGAGGUACGCACCAAGGAGCAGAUCCUGGAGCUGCUGGUGCUGGAGCAGUUCCUGAGCAUCCUGCCGGGGGAGAUUCGGACCUGGGUGCAGCUGCAUCACCCUGAGAGUGGUGAGGAAGCCGUGGCUGUGGUGGAGGAUUUCCAGAGACAUCUCAGUGGACUGGGAGAGGUUUCAGCUCCAGCACAGGAACAGGAAAUGCAUUUGGAGGAGCUGACAGGCUUGAGUGCAACAGAGGAAUCUCCUCCUACCUCCCCCGUCAGUGAUGGUUCAGCUGCUGGAGGCCACCUGGAGCCUCUUCAUGACCCAGAGGCACGCCAACCCCCCAGUGGGCACUCUGCUCCAUGUGCUUCCCCCACACCUGCCCCUCCCCAAGUGGGGAGCACAGGACACCAAGCAGCAGCAGCUGUACUUCGGAUGGUCGGGCCCCAGGGGUCUGCAGCGUGGGAGCUCCUGUCUGCAGACUGCACAGGGAAGAAGUGGAAAGGCCCGGCACCAAGUCAGAGAGCCCUGUACCAGAACAGCAUGCUGGAAACUUACUGCAGCGUGGCCUCACUGGGUGAGACUAAGAUGAAGAAGUCAGAGUUGCCUCCAGGGCAGGAAAUGUCUAAAAGAUCAGGGUCAUCUGCUGGGACACCAGGAGGCCUCUAUGGGGUGGAUCCUGGGGCACCAGGAGCUGGAAUUGCCUGUGCAGAUGCUGUAGGGAAGCUGGAGGCACGACCCUCAGAGGAGGAAGGGAGCAGACUGGAAAGUGACUUCCUGGAAAUAACCUGUGAGGAUAAGAACAAAUCCACGAAAGGUGGAUGUGAAGACUAUAAGGAACUUGGGACUCAUCAGAAUCUGCCUUCCAGUCCUGCAGAACAGCGGGUUCUGAAGUCACAGAAAGUCUAUCAGUGUGAUGAAUGUGGCAGAGCUUUCAAUCGGAGCUCACACCUCACUGGCCAUCAGAGAAUCCACACUGGAGAGAAGCCCUAUGAGUGUAACGAGUGUGGCAAGACCUUCAGGCAGAGCUCUCAGCUCAUAGUUCACCUCAGAACCCACACAGGGGAAAAGCCCUAUGAAUGCAGCAGGUGUGGGAAGACCUACAGGCACAGCUCCCAUCUCAUUCAACACCAGAGACACCAUGAUGGGGAGAAACCAUAUACAUGUAAGGAAUGUGGACAAGCCUUCACUCAGAGCUCCCAACUCAUUGACCACCAGAGAACCCAUACUGGGGAGAAACCGUAUGAAUGCAGUGACUGUGGGGAGACCUUCAUUCACAGUAAAAGUCUUGUCCAACAUCAGGUGCUUCCCACUGGGGAGAAACCCUACAAGUGUAAGGAGUGUGGGAAAGCUUUCUGUUCUAAUAGAAAUCUUAUUGACCAUCAGAGAAUUCACACCGGGGAGAAGCCUUAUGAGUGUUUUGAAUGUGGCAAGGCCUUCAGUCGUAACAAAUGUCUUACUCGACAUCAAAGCCUCCACACUGGGGAAAAGCCUUACAAAUGUAGGGAGUGUGGGAAAGCCUUCAAUCAGAACUCUCAGCUUGCCGACCAUGAGCGAAUUCAUACUGGAGAAAAACCUUUUGAAUGCAAUGAGUGUGGUAAGGCAUUCAGCCUGAGUAAAUGUCUUAUUCGACACCAGAGACUUCACACAGGUGAAAAGCCCUAUAAAUGCAAUGAGUGUGGAAAAUCCUUCAAUCAAAACUCACACCUCAUCAUACACCAGAGAAUUCACACUGGCGAGAAACCUUAUGAAUGUACUGAGUGUGGGAAGGUCUUCAGUUACAGCUCCAGUCUGAUGGUACAUCAGAGAACUCAUACUGGGGAGAAACCCUAUAAAUGCCAUGAUUGUGGGAAAGCCUUUAGUGACAGCUCACAACUGAUUGUGCACCAGAGAGUUCACACUGGUGAGAAACCCUAUGAAUGCGGUGAGUGUGGGAAAGCCUUCAGUCAGCGUUCCACUUUUAACCACCACCAGCGAACUCACACUGGAGAGAAACAGCACGUCUGUGCCGAGUGUGGGAGGGCCUUCGGGCAGAGCGCAAACCUUACAGUGCAUGAGCGAACCCACACAGGAGAGAAGCCCUAUGAGUGCAAGGAGUGUGGAAAAGCCUUCAGCCACAGCUCCAACCUUGUCGUUCAUCGGCGAAUCCACACUGGGCUGAAGCCCUACACGUGCAGUGAAUGUGGGAAGUCUUUCAGUGGUAAGUCGCACCUCAUUCGGCACCAGGGGAUCCACAGCGGGGAGAAAACUUAUGAAUGUAAGGAGUGUGGGAAAGCCUUUAGUCGGAGUUCAGGUCUCAUUUCACAUCACAGAGUUCACACUGGGGAGAAGCCAUACACUUGUAUCCAGUGUGGGAAAGCCUUUAGCCGUAGCUCAAACCUUACUCAACAUCAGAGAAUGCACAAAGGAAAAAAAGUUUACAAAUGUAAGGAGUGUGGGAAAACGUGUGUGUCUAAUACAAAGAUUAUGGACCAUCAGAGAACUCACACAGGGGAGAAGCCUUAUGAGUGCGAUGAGUGUGGAAAAGCUUUCAUCUUAAGGAAGACCCUGAACGAACACCAGAGACUUCAUCGUAGAGAGAAGCCUUACAAAUGCAACGAGUGUGGGAAAGCUUUUACUUCUAAUCGAAACCUUAUUGACCAUCAGAGAGUCCACACUGGAGAGAAGCCCUAUAGAUGUAACGAGUGUGGAAAGACCUUCAGACAGACCUCCCAAGUCAUCCUGCAUCUGAGAACCCACACUAAGGAGAAACCCUACAAAUGCAGCGAGUGUGGGAAAGCGUAUCGUUACAGCUCACAGCUAAUCCAACACCAGAGAAAGCAUUCUGAGGAGAAAGAAACCUCAUAAAUAACAAAUAUUGUUGGUAGGAGGACUAACCGGUACUUUUCAGAAAAGCAGGUUUUCAGUUUCAUCAACCUUAACUAUAUUUCUAAGAAUCCAUACAGGGAAAGUAAUCAGAAUCAGAUGGAUUAAUACAUGAGAGAUUCAUGCCAGUGAGGGUAUAAUUAAAGGAAGAAAACUAGGUUUUCAAUAGCACAGGCUUUAAAUUAAUGUUCUGCAGUCACUCUAAAGAUUCUUAAAGAAUGUUUAAUUCCACAGGGGAAAUGAUUUAGAUAAAAUGGGAGAUAAAAGAAAGGAAAAACAAUGAAGUAUGAUCCAAAUAGAAAAAAAAACAUGUAUGCUUUUUUUGGACAAAAUGGGAAAGAAGGGGUAUCACACCACAGUGUUACCAGUGAUUAUCUCUGGGUGAUAGGGUCAUAGGUGUUUCUAUUUUCUUCUUUAUACUUUUCUAUGUAUUUUAGAUUUUUCUACAAUGAGAUGUAUUUUUUUAUACUUAGGGGGGAAAGUCCAGUAUUUUUUAAGUGCAGCGAGUACGCACUCAUUUUCACUACACAGUGUUGGGGAAGGUGCAUAGAACACAGACUCCGGUGUCUUGGGAUUGCACCCUCCUGCUGGCUUCUGGUGGCAGUGCAGCCGAGAGCAAGCCACUUCCUUUGAGAGCCUGCUUCGUGUUCAGUAAAAGCAGAAACAGCAGUCCUUGGUCCUUUUACAGCUUUAAGGACAGCUGACUUUAGGGUGGUCAACAAAAUGUGUAUCCACCUCCUUGUUAGGUUAGAAGCAUACAGUGGACACUUAAACGCCCUCCUUUCCCACAGCUGUCCAGGGGUCUGCAGGUAACAGACACCUGCCCGGGCUCCGUCUUUUCCAUAGAUGUCUACCAAAGCGGCAAAAAUGUGUUCUAUGGAAUUGAAAUAACUGCAGGUUCGUUCCUAGCCUUUAAAAAGAUACAGUCAGUAGAACCUCACACUAGAGGAAGACCGCCUUCAUGUGUUAUGUAGAGCUUAGCAGCUGAAAGUAUGGCCUUUGGGGUCAGAGAGACACGUGUUCUCAUCCAAAAUUGACACACCAGCUUGUCAGUUUUGGACAAGCCACUAACUGCUCUUAGCCUCAGAUGUGUCUGUAAAAAGGGAAUAACUACCGACCUCACAGGGUUGUUGUGAGGAUUAAAUGAGAUACUAACGCAUGUAAUGGGUGGCGGCCCGGCACAUGGCGAAUAAUAAUUGCUUAAGUGUAGGACGUUGGGACAGUAUUCUAAGCACUUAGCAAGAGUGAUUCCAGAAAGGUUUUCCUAAGGUAACAUUGAGGGUGUUUUCAGGUGUAAUGAACACGAUGCCAAGUACUAGCAGCUUAGACCUUAAGAACAUUGUUUAGUUAAGGGGAAGUCUAGAGGUAAGCCAUUCCAAAUUUUGAUUGGCACCUCAGCAGUUUAUCAAACUUCCAUCUCAACUCCAUAAUUUUCAGCAUGUUGGAUUUCACAUUGGGCCACUUCAUGGCUGCAAGAUGGUGGCUACUGCUUCAAGCUCCGCCCACAACUCCUUCAAACUUGGGGAGUGGGGAAAGGAGCUGAGACUUUGUUACCUGCUUCUUUUCUCCGUUUACCACUGAGAAGAAGGGAAGGAUGCUGGAAGAAGGGAGGGAUGCUUGGUGGUCAGUACUGUAGGUGCUCACUAGCUUCCACUGGCUUUCUGUGUGUUCAGCCCUCCAAGAAGGCCUUAGACCAUUUUCAAUCAGCCUUGCACAUUUUUAAGUGCUUAGUUCAAAAUCCCUCUUGGUACACUUAGAAUCUCUGCAUACUUAACUCAGCCAUCCCUCUUUCUUUCUACACAGUGAGUUCCUAAGCCUAAUGCCAUUUGUCUUAUGUUCAUAGUUUAUCGUUUCUGGAACUGUUGAGGAUGUGUUAUCUCAUAUAAUCCUCAUAACAUUUGUACAAGAGAAUUGAGUCUCAGCGAGGUUAGGUGACUGGCUAAUAAGUGGUUGGAGCAGAAUUUGAACUCAGAUCUGACUUUCAAAUCCUUGCUUUCUCUACCAAAGUGCCUCAGCCCACCAUGGUGGUUGUAUCGUGAGUGGGAGACCAGUUGGGAUUCUUCUGAGUGGCCAUUUCUAUGAAAGUUGGGUGUAUCUGCACAAUUCCUUUAUCAUGGUUUCAUAAGGUGCUAUCAGUCUUUUCUGAGUUAGGUUUAUGGCCUAUUUCUGCACCUUAUAAUUUAGUUUUAGGGAUUAUGUAUAUAUUUACCUUGCUGUUACUGGAAGGAAGAAAGUGAAAUAUGAAGGGUAUAUUCGUGUAAAAAAGGAUUGUCUGGUUUUGUUCUAUUUUCGUAGGAUGCUGACUUACAUGUCAUUUUAUGAUGUAAUAGUCCCUCGUUACAUAGUUGUUCAAAGCAAAGUUGGGAGGCUCUGGAACAGGUUGCUGCAUUCGGGAGAUAGGGCGGAAUCGUUGGUUGCCUCAUGUAGCGCCUUCCCCAACAGUCUGGGUGGGCCUGAGGCUGGGGGAGUCCACACGUGGCCGUGGCUGAACAGAACAGCAAAGGGCACUCCCAUCAUUUUGCCCUCGUCACGGUUCCUUUCACAGUUUGUAUCCCAUGCCUUUUGUCAUGGCAGCCGCCCACACCUGCUGGUCACCUGUGUGGAAGCUCGCUGUGCCCAAUGCCGACCAGCCUGCCCACACCGCUCCAAGGACACAGGCAGUCAGCUCUCCAUGUGCCCGUCAGGGCUUAUCUUGUGAGCACUUACUAUCGCUGAGCAGAGAUGUUGAUGCAGAAAUGUUGAUCCUGUAUUUCUGAGCCGGUAUUCUCUGAACGAGCCAUUUUCCCAUCACUGUGUCAUAGUGUCUGGAAGUCUUCCUUCAAAUAGGCUUUCUCUUUUAUCUUGAAAGACUUUGCCACCUUUGAGAGUAAACACCUCUAGGAAGGUGCCAUGUCAUCCCAGACCCAGAGAUCGGAACACAAAUCUUCUCAAUUCUUCCCCCGGCAAACUAAGUUAGUGGGCCUCUGAGGAGGCCUUCACCCAUCUCCCAGGCUGACACCUGCCAUGAGCUGCAGGAGUACAGUUUGUAGGUGGUCCCUGUACCGUUUUAGGUAAAUAUCCUGCUGUAUAACUUGAACUGAACACUCACCUUCCUCUAGAGUGUACCAAGACUACCAGCUGCUUACUUCAGGCAGCCAGAGUUCACAGUUCUUUCCUUCCUUUCAAGCCUAUUCAGGAUGCCCCCUGGGAUUCAGGGUCUGUCUCUUUGAAUGUUUUUUUUUUUUUUUUCAGCUUCCUGCUCCAGGGGAAACCUGGUAGUUCCCUAAUAGCAGCAUUUCGCCUGCAGUCCCUCAGUUGUUAGUUUUCAUCUUCCUCAACCCAUUACUGUCAUUUCUUCUCUAUUCUCCAUCAAAAGCUGGCUUUUCUGAAACGGGCAUCAUGAAGCGACUGUGUAUUACUCAUCCCUGUUCUUGUCCUCUACUGGCUUCCCGGGCACACACGUUUAUUCACUUGUGCUUUUAGUGCCCUGAGUAUUCCUGAGGAAUAUGAAAAGGCAUAGUUUAUUUUAGCCACAGACAUCCUGGUUGUGCAGAAUUGCUCUUGUGUGGAAUAGAAGUACAUGUGUCUUUUUUUUAGUUGAGAGAAAAAAAUGUGAAACAAAGUCUCAUUUUAUAUAGCCUUGAUUAAACAUACAUAUGGAAGACAGAAUCUUGCAGAGAGAGGAGAGUGUCUCCCUAGGCAUAGAGAUACUUUUCUUUGUGGUGUGUACUGUGUUAGGUCUUACUAGGAGCAGAGAAGAAAGUUGAAACCAAAAGGAGCUUUAAAUCGCUGGGUAAUUCUGUUGAGUCGAAAUCCCUAAGACUAAGUUUCAUUUCAGCUCUGUAACCUCAGACAGAUGUCCUUUGUUGAUUUUUUUCUAUUGAACAUAAAUAAGUACCUCAUAUUGUUAGAUUGUUUUUAGAAACUAGAACCUCUUUAAUCACCUUCGAUGUUAUAAAACUGUUUUUUGCAGGGGAUAGUUGUAAUUCUACCAAUAAA